UAUAACCUUUGCAAUAUCAAACAAAGCAACAAUCUACUUAUAACUACUAAAGUUGAUAGUUAUAUCAAUCAUUAAGAAAUUUUAGACUCUUAGAAAUGGCUUCUAAGAAAACUACUUCUCUUGCUCUCUUUCUUCUUGUCAACCUUCUCUUUUUCUCCCUUGUGAGUGCAUGUGGCACUUGCCCAAGUCCUAAACCAAAACCAAAACCAAGUCCUAGCCCAUCCAAAGGCAAGUGCCCAAUUGAUACUCUAAAAUUAGGUGUUUGUGCUAAUGUUUUAGGCAAUUUGCUUGGACUUGUGAUUGGUAAUCCUCCAAAGAAACCUUGUUGCACUCUCAUUCAAGGUGUUGCUGACCUUGAGGCUGCUAUUUGUCUAUGCACUGCCAUUAAAGCCAACAUUCUUGGGAUUAACCUUAAUGUCCCUCUUUCUCUAAGCCUUCUUCUUAAUGUUUGUGGAAAACAGGUUCCAUCUGGCUUCCAGUGUCCUUGAUCAACGUCCACAUAUUUUGAUUUGAGUUUUAGAUUUCAUUUUGUUACUUAUAUGUAAGUGUGUAUGUAAGGUUAAAUUCUAGUGUGUGGUAACUUCUCGUUUCCUUUGUUGCUAUGGUUGUGUAUUUGGUGGGAAUUAAGUAGCGUCAAAUAAGUCCCUUUUAGUAUUUCCUAAAAACAGGGUUUUCUAGGGGACGUACUUACUCUUGAUUAUGGACUUCUUGUAUUUCACAAUAUAGAAAUCUAUUUACUUGUUGUAAGCUUUUUUCUCCUUAUAUGAAAAAAAUUGUGUAAUGAGUAUUGUCAUUCAUCA